AUGGAGGAAGCACCGUGUCGACGGUGCAAGUCACGGUGCCGGACCAGCCUUUGUACUGCCACGCUGUUCGGCAUCUACUUCCAGCCUACUUUUGUUUUUGCAGCGAUCGUCCCAUGCAAUGUGAGAUUGGCAUUCAAUGAGAUCGUCGGAGACACCGUGACCUUCGACGCUCUCGAGGGGCCGUACACUAUGCAGGUCGAUAAGGGGCGAACGAUAACCCAGAUUGGAGGAGAUGAGUGGGAUCGUUUCAUCGCCCGCUUGCGUCUUAGUGGGGGUGAAUUAAUCAGCUUCUCCUUCGGAGGAGAAAGGCCCCGGGUUUCUGUUAUCUAUCUGAAUUUGAUUUUCGAUAGUGAAGAUGAAGUUCAUGAGGAGGACGAUGGUGAGGAUUCAGAUGAUGAUGAGAACCCACUUGAUGAAGCACUCUAUGCCCAAAGACUGAGCCUGAGCGGCAAUGAAACGUGCAACCUCUGGGACAUGCUUCCGCUACGUGAAGACUACGUCGGGAUGCCAUUCGUGACCUGCCUCACAAGGACGAAUGUUAAACAGCAUCUCAUGAAAUUACCUAAGAGGUUAUCUGUUAGCUGUGGCAUCGAGCCGCAUGAAGAAGGCAUGACUGCUGGACUAUGCCUUACCAGAACGGGCUCCAUCACCACCUGUGCCUACGCAGUGGACACGGACGGUCGCACUGUCUUCAACCGGGUGGGGUGGAAGAAGUUCCUUCAUGGCAAGAAUCUUUGGGUAGGUCAGGGCAUCCAACUCACUAUUGCGAACACCCGUCGCCGUGACUGGAGGAUGAUGAUCACCAUCAACCUCAUUUAGAACUGGCUGGGCCAUGUUUCGAUGUGAAAUGAACUUGGUAUGUUAGCUCUUGUUUCCGAGUACUCGCUGUGUAUUACCGUACCUAUCUAUAUAUAUCUAGGUUCAGUAAAUGGGCCAUGUAUCGCUGUGAAAUGAACUUGUUAUGUUUGGGGCUUGUUUUGUUGUUGCCCCAGCGGUUAUUUGAGACUUCCUUGAACUUGAAUCUGUCUUGACUUGUUGUUGGAUGCUUGGUGCUGUUGCUUUAUAGUAUAAAGCUGGGGGGG